AUGGGUUUAGCAUGGCCAAGUAUUGGAAUGCAAAACGUUACUCCGAUAAUGCAAAAUAUCUCACCAAAUUUGAAAAAUUCAAUUUUUACUGUUUGGAUGGACCGUAAUCGUGGACUAUACAAAGACGAUAAUGGUGGCUCUAUUACAUUUGGUGGUUUGGAUUAUUUGCACUGCAUUGGUGAACCUGUUUACGUUCCUCUUUCUUCUUUAGGAUACUGGCAAUUCAUAAUUGACGGCUUUGAAAUUGGAACUUAUGCGAAUAUUGCAAAGCAAGAAGCUAUCUCUGACACGAGUAGAUCAUGGAUCUACGGCCCGAGCGCAGCUAUUACAACAAUUGCUGAAAAGGCUGGAGGCUGGUAUAACUCGGAUUAUGAAUUGUACGUUAUUUCGUGCACCAAAAUGUACACUGAUUUAUCUUUUUCCUUCAUCAUCCAUGGCAGUCUGUACUCAGUUCCAUCCCAUGAAUACGUACUAGAUUUAAAAAUUGGAGAUGGUAGCUGCGUUUUGGCUUUCGAUGAGGUAAGUUCCAGUGGUUUUGGUCCAUCGUGGGUACUUGGUGCUACUUUUAUCAGGACAUAUUGCAACAUUUAUGAUAUUGGUAAUGAACGAAUUGGGUUCCAAAAAGCUAUUCAUUCCGCUCUUCCUGAUUCUACCACUGUUCAUUCUACUUCCGUUUAUCGUACCUCUGUUCAUUCUACUUCCGUUUAUCGUACCUCUGUUUAUUCUACCUUUGUUCAUUCUACCCCUGUUCAUUCCACCUCUGUUGAUUCUACCCCUGUUUAUUCGACUAGUCUUCAUUCUACUCGUCCUUAUCCUACCUGGUUUCAACCUACUCCUUAUCGCUCUACUCUCAAUCCAGAUUAUUCAAACAGCGAAAGAGUUUCUUCACAUUUUUGCUUGUUGCUUUUACAAUUUACUUUUUUCACACAUGGUUUAAUAAACUUUUGA